AUGGACGCCAGCGCUGCAUCAUCAUCGGCUCAGCCGGCGGAGCUUCCGCUGCCCAACGGCCAGCAGAGCGAGCGCCAGCCGCUGGCGCUCGGGCUGCACGUCCCCACCUCGGUCCUCUCGUUUUCCCCGUCGACCGCCCAGGCCCCGUCGCCGCCGCUAGGGACCAAUGCUCACCGCCGCUCGCACGUCCAGCCCCCAGGCGGGGCGCUACCGACGCUCAUCGAGGCUUCUCACGCCAACGCACUCCACGCCGCCACGGGACCUUCGCCUGCCGCGCUGGGCCUCGACGCUGAUCUGGAUGCUGCUUCAGCGGCGGCGCUCGCCGGCCUCGGCCCGGUGCAGAGGACGCUGUCGCUCUCGAGGUCGCAGGGCUACGACCUCCUAGUGCUGGAGCUGGCCAACGAGAGGUGGAAGGAGCGCUGGGAGCGUCUGUGCCUCGCCGACCCCAACCAGGCCUCGCCGAGGGCGCCCGUCUCGAUCGCUAUUGGCUCGCCCUCGAACGUGUCGGCGUGGGGCAACGGCGGCACCGCCAUUCACGAUCGCGGCAUGGCGCGCAGCAGCAGCCGGCACGGGCUCGCAUCGGGGAUGGGCCCGGGCAAGCUGGCGCCUUCGCCUGGAUUCCGGCCGGCUGAGGCGACGUUUAUGGACACGGCGCGCGAGGCCGAAGAGUGGCGGCGUGCUCCCGCGUUCCGGAGGGGCGAGGUGACCGUCACCAAGCUCGAGGAGACCGAGGGCCUCGUGGCGCUGGCGAGCCCGUGGAUCGAGCUCGACUCGCUCGACGAGGGCGUCCGCCUCGACUCGGAGAUUGCGCUGCGGCAGGAGCUGGCGUACGCCGCCUACCUGGGCAUCUCCAACGUCGUCCUGCCUCCGCCCUCGAGCGAACCGGCGCGGCGCCCCUUUCUGCCCGACUACGCCCGCGCCAUCAACUCGUGCCUCUCUAGCGGCGGCACCGAGGCGGCGCCGGCGGGGCAGUGGAUGAACCUGUCGAUCAAGCUGCCCAUCUCGUCGCCCUACGGCCUGGCCAAGGUGCUGGCCGCCCAGGCAUCCAGGGGCCACGGCCUCGGCGCGUCCGGAUCCGCAGCUUCCAAUGUGUCUGCGGCCGCACCUUCGGCGGCCGCUGCCCUGCUGCGCGCCGACGACGACUGGGCGUGGGAGACGUGGGAGCACGUCCGGCAGCUCUGCUCGUACAGCACCCGCCUUCACGUCGCCCUCGACUUUGGCUACCCGCUCCCCUCGCCCAAUGUGCUCGGUCGCUGGAUCGCCGAGCCCGUCAGCAUGCUCUGGCUGCCCAGCGUCGCCUACCUCGCCAACGCCAAGGGCUUCCCCGUGCUGUCCAAGGCGUCGCAGACGUUUAUCAAGUCGCUCAUCAAAAAGGCGCCCACCGUCAUCCUCUCGGGCGUCCAGACGCCUCCGCCCACCCACACCCGCGGCGGACCGCUGGCGUACAUGCAGUACGUCAAGCACAUGGAGAAGACGGCGCCGCCAGAGAGCGCCGUCGACGCGUUCGCUCGCGGCUACACCGACUGGCUCCAGGCACCCCUGCAGCCGCUGAUGGACAACCUCGAGGGCACCACGUACGAGGUCUUUGAGCGCGACCCGGUCAAGUACGCCCUGUACGAGGAGGCCGUCUACAAGGCGCUCCUCGACAAGCCCGCGGGAUCCACGACGUCGAUCUGGGUCUGCGGCGCCGGGCGCGGACCGCUCGUCGACCGCUGCCUCAACGCUUCUCGCCGCGCAGGGCGGGCCGUCCGCAUGACGGCCCUCGAAAAGAACCCAAACGCCCUCGUGACGCUCCAGGAGAGGCAGGCCCUCGACUGGGGCGACCUCGUCGACGUCCGCUACGGCGACAUGCGCACCCAUCCCGUGCCCCACAGCCUCCACGAGCGGCCCGACAUUGUCGUCAGCGAGCUCCUCGGCAGCUUCGGAGACAAUGAGCUCAGCCCGGAAUGCCUCGACGGCGCCAUGCGCUUCCUCAAACCCGACGGCAUCUCGAUCCCCUCUUCGUACACGGCCUACCUCUCGCCGCUGACGUCGUCGAAGCUGCACACCGAGGUCAUGUCCGGCUCCGCCUCGUCGUCUGGCCAGGCGCUCCGAAAGGCCGCCGAGACGCCCUACGUCGUCCUGUUCCAGAACGUCGCCCUGCUCGCCGCGGCAGGCGGGCGGCACGCGUGGGACCAGGUGCAGGAGAGCUGGUCGUUUGAGCACCGCCCCGCCGCCGUCACCGCCCUCGUGUACGACGCCAACGGCCUGCCCCUCACCAAUGGACACAAUGUCCGCUCCGCCACCCACACCUUCCACAUCCCGCAGCCGGGCACCUGCCACGGCCUCGCCGGCUACUUUGAGGCUCACCUCUACGGCGACGUCGCCAUGAGCAUCCACCCGGACCCCAUGCGCGGAUCCAAGGACAUGCUCAGCUGGUUCCCCAUCUACUUUCCGUUCAAGGACCCGCUCUACCUGCCGCCCAACUCGGAGCUCGACGUGCACAUGUGGCGCCAGUCGGGCAACGGCCGCGUCUGGUACGAGUGGUGCGCCGAGUCCUUCAUGCCCCUGCCCGGCGACGCGGUGCGCGCGAUCCAGGCCACCGCCAACGCCACGGGGCACAGCACCACGGCCAUCUCGGCGGCCCAGUCCGGUGGCGCCGCCGCGACCUUGGGCGCCGCAGCCGCAGAGGGGCCAAACAACUUUGCAAACGCCCCCGCCACCCCGCGGAUCCCGUCCGGCCCGGCACCGCCGCCCGCCGACGCCACCGCCACCGGCCCCGUCCUGCUCUCGAGUCCGCUCAGCAGCCUGUCGAGCGGAGGUGGCGGCGGCGUCGUCCGCGUAAAGACGGGCAUGACGGCCUUGCACAACCCGGGCGGCCGCAGCUCCUGGAUCGGCCUGUAG